AUGCCCGCUGAAAAACGCAACGAUUUCCUCGACGCCGGCGACAGCGACGAGGAUGGCGGCGGAUACGACUCGGAGGAAGAGAUUCGCAAGGGCGGCGCCAAGAAGCGGAAGUUGGACGACGACGACGACGACGACUUCAGCGACGGCGACGCUGACGCUGCGAGCGCCCUGGACAGCCAACACGGCGGCGAGGGCACAGAAUCAGACGGGGACUCGGGUGCUCAAGAAGCCGGUCGCCCUGCGCCAAAGAAGCAGAAGCUGCAGCCCGACGAGCUGCCGGACAUCUCCAAACCUCUGACCAGGAAGAAUCUGGUUGCAACAGAGGCCGCCGUCAAGAAGUCGGGCGUGGUCUACAUCUCCAGAGUACCGCCUUACCUAGGAAUCCAACUAACUCCCACCUUUUCCAAAGUCAUGAAACCCCAGAAGCUGCGUUCUCUCCUCGAGCCCUACGGCACUAUCAACCGCAUCUUCCUGUCCCCUGAGGACCCCACUGCCCACUCGCGCCGCGUUCGCAACGGCGGCAACAAGAAGCGCACAUACACCGACGGCUGGGUCGAGUUUGUGAAAAAGAAGGACGCAAAGAAGGCCGUGGACCUGCUGAACGCUCGUCCCAUCGGCGGCAAGAAGGGCUCUUUCUACAGGGACGACAUAUGGUCGCUCCUGUACCUCAAGGGCUUCAAGUGGAACAAUUUGACGGAGCAGAUAUCGGCCGAGGCGGCCGAGAGGACGAGCAGGAUGAGGGCCGAGAUCUCGAGGACCACCAAGGAGAACAAGGAGUUCGUCCUCAACGUCGAGAAGGCAAAGAUGGUCGAUGGGAUACAGUCCAAAGCUGCCACUAGGAAGGAGAAGGAGGGCAUCGCACGCGCCGAGCCAAAGAGCCGGCGCACCUUCGAGCAGGCCGCUGUGGCCAAGAAGAAGGGCGACAAUCUGUCAGCAGACUCGAAGCGAGUCGCCAGUAUGUUGUUUUGA